UGUUCGAAUAACCAGAAGCUGCAGAAUGCAUAACCCCUCAUCCCAGCAUGAGUGAAGACGUCACUGGUGCUGAUGUUGGUGCAGAGCAGGAACAACAAGGUGACGCUCCACCAUCCGAGGCGCCAGCCACCCGUUCCUCCGCCACCAUUGCCAAGGUAAAGGAAGAGCCGCUGACACCACCGAAGGGGAGCUCAUCCGAGGCGAUCCCCGCCGGCACCGAGCCGGCUGAGGCGGUGGUCAAGUCCGAGCCCGACGUUACGCCGGAAGAGCGUGCAGAGCAGGCGCAGCUGCCUCCGGCGGGAGAGGGCGGGGAGGGCCAGGCUCAGGUCGAAUGUGAGGAGCAGUCCCAGCCUGUAGCAGAGAGUGCAGAGGCAGCGAAUACACCCGCUGAGGGCGCAGAGGCAGUCAAAGUUCCAGCCGUUGAGGGUUCAGAUGCCGCGCAGCCGCCUGCCGAGGGUGCAGAGGCGAUCCAGGCUCCAGGCGACGACGCGGGCACCGCCCCGCCCCCUGGUGAAGGAGCGGAGGCGGCUGGGGACGCCGCCGACGGUGAAGAGAAGGUGCCAGCGCUCGUGAAGGUGGUCCAUUCGGCCCGCAGCGUGUUCCGGCAGCGGGAUCAGAAGGAGUACGACCCGUUCACAGCCCACCUAGAGCGGCGCAUCACGAAGCUGUUCGAGGCGCUGGAUACGGAGGGAACGGGCCGGGUGGACGUGCACGAGCUGGGCACGCUGAUCCGCUCAGUCGGCUGCUGCCCCAGCGAGAGUGACCUGCAGGAGAUGGUGACCCAGCUGGAGGAGGAGGGCCAGCCGGGCCUCAUCCGGCUGGAGACCGUCAUGCCUUACAUCAUCCAGUGCGUCGAGGACAGGAAGUAUCCGUCCGCCACCGCCGAGCAACUCCUGCAGGCGUUUGAGGUGCUGGCCGAAGAGCAAGAGGGCUUGGAAGAAAUCGUUCGUGGGCCGAGCGGACCGGCCAAGAAAGAGAAGAAGGAAGAGGAUGAGGGCACUAUACCGCAGGACAAGCUGGUGCACAUUCUGACGGAAGAGGGCGAGCACUUCAGCCAGGAGGAGGUGGAGGAAAUGUUGUCCGUGGUGUCGGCCUCUGACUCAGCUCGAGUCGACUACACCGAGUUUGUCAAGCAGCUGGUGGUGCCGGAGCUGUGGUGA